GGGCACCGAGCGCCGUGCGGGGAGCCGCCCCGAGCGGGGAGUCCGGAGAGCAGGGCCCGCAGCCCAGGGGUCCUGGAGUCCCGUGGUCUGCUCUCUCUGAGGGGCGUCCGCCAGCUCCCCUCCCUGUGCCGGCCGGGGGGGCCCGGGGCUCCUCCAGAGGAUGCCCGCACCACCUCCAGACUGCCCCCUGUCCUGCUCUUGGCCCAGGCUGCAUGGGACCUGCCUCUUCCGCCAUGAAUGAUGAAGAGAGGCUGCCCAGCAACGCGGUAGCUUGGCUGGCCUGUGCCGGCAUCUCACUACUGGCCAACGCCUGGGGGAUCCUGAGUGUCAGUGCCAAGCAGAAGAAGUGGAAGCCACUGGAGUUCCUGAUCUGCACGCUGGCGGGCACGCACAUGCUCAACCUGGCCGUCCCCAUCGUCAUGUACUCGGUCGUGCAGCUGCGCCGGCACCACUCGGACUACGAGUGGAAUGAGGGUCUCUGCAAGGUCUUCGUGUCCACCUUCUACACCCUCACGCUGGUCACCUGCUUCUCCGUCACCUCUCUGUCCUACCACCGCAUGUGGAUGGUCCGCUGGCCUGUCAACUACAGGCUAAGCAACACCAAGAAGCAAGCGGUUCACACAGUUAUGGGCAUCUGGAUGGUGUCUUUCAUCCUCUCCACCCUGCCCGCCGUAGGCUGGCACGACACCACCGAGCGCUUCUACGCCCACGACUGUCGCUUCAUCGUCACGGAGAUUGGGCUGGGCUUCGGGGUCUGUUUCCUGCUCCUCAUCGGGGGUAGCGUGGCCAUGGGCGUGGUCUGCAUGGGCAUCGCCCUCUUCCAGACCCUCACGCUUCAGGCAGGCCCCAGCCAGGACCGCCACCGGUUCACCGUGCCCACCAUCGUGGUGGAGGACGCCCAGGGCAAACGGCGCUCGUACAUCGAUGGCUCCGAGCCCAUCAAGACCUCUCUGCAGAUCACGUACCUCAUCACCGCCAUCGUCGUCACCUAUGACUGCCUGAUGGGCCUCCCCAUCUUGGUGGUGAGCUUUGCCAGCCUCAAGUCGGACACGUCCUACACCUGGAUGGUUCUGUGUGUGCUCUGGUGUUCCGUGGCUCAGUCUCUGCUCUUCCCCCUCUUCCUCUGGGCCUGUGACCGCUAUCGAGCGGACAUCAAGGCUAUUUGGGAGAAGUGCGUGGCCCUCAUGUCCAACGACGACACGGACGAAGACAGCCUGGACGCAGGGCUGCAGAUGGACCUGAUGUAUGAGCGGCCCUUUGACUACAGCUACGGUGGGGAAGUGCUGGCCCUGGACCCUCUGGCCAAGUACGACUUCCCCACCCUGGAGAGAGGCUUCCCCCGGCUCUACCCACUGCGGCCAACGCAGGAGGACAAGAUGCAAUACCUCCAGGUCCCUCCCACCCGGCGCUACUCCCACGACGAGACGGACAUGUGGCCGGCGGGCCCGCUGCCGGUCUACUUGCACCGCUGGGGCUCCAGCGAGGACGUGGCCGCCCUGGCCCGGCUGGUGCUGCCCCCGCGGGCCACCCGGCGGCGGCGGGGCAGCCUGGCGGCCUCCCCGGAGGAAGGCGGCCCCGACCGCCGGCGCCGGCGGUCGGCCGAGAGCCUGCUGACCCCGCGCCCCUUCCCCCGGGAGGAGCUGGCCGCCGGGGGCAGCUUCGCCUGCUUCAGCCGGGAGGAGGUGGUCAGCUUCAUCGACGAGUCGCCCUUCCCCAGCCCCGGCCGGCCCCCCCGCCGGCCCCCGAGCCUGGGCCGCCCCGCUUCCGUCUCCCUGCCCCCGGACGCCCUGGCUUCGGCCUCCCUCGCCCACGUGGCCCUGACGGCCUUGGAGCGGGAGGCCCGGGUGCCAGGCUGCCUGCUGGCCCUGCCCGGGCCGCCCUGCCCGCCUCCGGACCGCCCGCCUCCGGGGCUGUCCAUCCGGCUCCAGCUGGGCGAGGCUCCGGCCGGGCGGGACGGCCCGGAUGGCCCGGGGCCCUUUCGGACCGGCUUGAGCGCGGCCUGGGGGGAGCGGGCCGGCCGGAGCAAGCCCGGGAGCAAGGCCGGCAGCUGCAGCUUCCUCAGUUCGCCCUCCGCCUCGUCCGGGUACAUCACCUUCCGCUCCGACUCCAUCGGCUCCGCCUCCUAGGCCCCGAGACUCGCCGACCCCCGCGUCUCCCCCCACCCCCUGCCCCUGUCCCAUGCCCUCCCCGCCUCGCCUCUCCACCUACCAACC